AUGACUGCGGCGCCGAUCGGUCUGCGCACCGGCCUGCGACUUGGCCGCUCUUUGAACAGGACCAACAAUGUCUCGAUCGUCCUUGGCGCCUCGCAACGUGCCUACGCUUCCUUCCGCCCCUUGCAUCACGCCGGUCCACGUCGAAGCGAUUGGGCUUCCUCGUCGCGGAAACGCUCCUUCUCAAGAAGCUCGCAUGCCCCCAAUGCAACCAAGGACGAGACGCGGCCGCCCCUUCUUCAACUCCGCAACGCCUGGCUGCGCAGUGUUUGGGCAGCGCAACCCGAUACCUCGCACAGUGGCACGGGAGGCGCGCUCGACUGGACGAUACGAGACCGAGCAAAGCAGGAGUGCUGGGCCAUCAUCGGACCAGCGAGCGAAAGAGGGGGACGCGCAAGGAGGGAGGUCGUCGAUGUCAUACUAGGCAGAUCGAGGCCAAAACAGGCUUCUAGCAAAGGCGGCGACGACCUCACCGCCAUCUGCCAACAGAUCCACGGCAGACCUUACCAUCCCAACGUUCACCCCUUCCUCAGUGACCGAAUGAGCGGUACCGCCGGCGAGCUCCGCCGAACCCCUCAUGAUGCCAUCAAACAUGUCUCCUUUGCGACGCAGAUCGGAGGAACUGGGGGCGAGUUUGUCAACUACAGCGCAAGGUACGGCGCCAUCCGGGAGCAAGAUCGCGUCACGCUCUACGAACGUCUUAUGGAUCUGCUCGGGGUCCCCGUCGGCCUCGUAGCGGCCCAGAAGAUGCUACCAGACCCUUUUGCGGCCAGCACAGGCACAGCUGGGGAUGCCGUCGGUCUCUUCAAGUGGUCGAGCGAGCAGGCAAGGCAAACUGCCAACGAGCGGGCCUUGGAAGCGGAUGCCGUCGUUCGGCAGAUGGCGCCCCUCUUGCUCAUCGACGAUCACCUCCUUCACCGCCCGGUCAUUGCGCUGUCCAACGGCCAGACCCGGCGAGCUAGGAUCUUGUCCUCGCUCGUAAGCGGCGCGGAAUUGGUUGUGCUCGAGGAACCCUACUCGGGCAUCGACGCCGGCACCAGGCAGAAGCUCUCGCAGCUCUUCGCUCGCCUCCACGCCGAGCGUCGGCCACGAUUCGUGCUCGUGCUCCGGGAGCAGGACGAGGUGCCAGACUUUAUCACCCACCUACUUCGGCUCGAUGAGUCGGGUGCCAUCAGCCAUCUCGGAGAACGAAAGAGCGACGACUCGAACCAGGCGACGGCACUGUCUCACGACGCCAAGUCUGAAGCUGCCCCCCGGAACCUUCCGGCCCGGGCGGACCCUUACGACCUUCUGCUGCGCAACGCCGCCGAAGACGUCGGCCGAGGCGAUGAACGGCAGCCUCCGAUCAUCAGCAUGAACGACGUCUCCGUAGCGUACGGGAACACAAAGGUCCUCGAUUCCAUCAACCUGCGCAUCUGGCCGGGUGACCGGAUCGUUCUCGCCGGCGACAAUGGUUCGGGUAAGACGACGCUGCUCGCUCUCAUCCUUGGAGACCAUCCUCGAUCCUUUUCGUUCCCCAGAGACCAACUCUCGCUCUUUGGCAUGGCAAGGGACGAGCCGCUCAACGCCAGGCCGCUGCUCGGUCAAAGGAUUGGCCACCUUUCCCCGGAGCUUUUCAACGCUUUCCCGCGCAAAUCAGCCGAAAGGGGAGGCCUGACGGUCGGGGAGGUCAUUGCAUCGGGCUAUGGCAACGUGUUCGCACGUCGGUCCUACAGCGAGGCACAGAAGCAGCGAGUCUGGGCGCUGCUCUCCCGAUUCGCUCACCUCGUCAAGUCGUCGGACGGGCGUACCAUCAUGGAAGAUGCUGUUCAGGCUGACCGAGGGGGGGCUCCAGACCUGGCCGACGUGCGCGCCGUCUCGUCGCGGGGCUUUACAGAACUCAGUCAUGGCUCUCAGGCGGUAGUUCUGUUCCUGAGGGCGCUGGUCGGCCGGCCGCGCUUACUCGUGCUGGACGAACCCUUUCAAGGCAUGGAUGCGAAGCAGGUCGAGACCAUCAGGCGAUUUCUCGACGAUAGCACCGCGCGAAGCGUAGCGCCAGACCGCUGGGCCAUCGGAGAGACGGCCGAAGAAAAAGCGGCGGACACGGAAGCGCGGCAACAGAUGGCAAUCGUCUUGGUCAGCCACUAUGAGAGCGAAUGGCCGACGCGAUUCGGUCGCCUGAUCCGGCUAAAGGGCGGCCUUGUAGAGGAACGCGUAUAA